AAAAUUAGGCAGUUUUAACUUGAAUGUAUUUUUAUCCUAUUUACCGUCAUCUCUUUGACUGGUUUUUAUUUCUCAUUGGCUCCCAGACGCCUCUAAUACCGGAAGUGUUGGUCUUUUUCGUGUAUGACAUCCGUUUAGCACGUUUAGCUCAAGCUUUUACCGGCUGCUAAUGCUGCAUGUUUGUAGCUUUCUUCCAAAGCGCACCGGCCGGCCGGGUGGGCAUCAUUCCGACCCCGCUUUUUGAUGGGAGGGUGACGGGGAAACGAUGCUGACAUUCCUCCAUAUUCUGUUAACGGGAUUGUUAGGCGUUCUGCGGGACAGAGUCGCUGCCUUCGAAAGUGUCAGACUCGCGGACGGGGAGAACAAGUGUUCCGGUCGGGUGGAGAUUCUCCGACAUAACCAGUGGGGGACGGUUUGUGACCACGGCUGGGACCUCCGCGAGGCCGACGUGGUCUGCCUGGAGCUGGGCUGCGGCGUGGCCGAGUCGGCCUUCCGCGGGGCGGCUUACGGCGCGGGCGUCGGGGAGAUCUGGCUGCGGCACGUUCAAUGUUCGGGACACGAGUCCAGUUUGACCCGCUGUGCCCUCGUUCUCCAUAGUUAUCCUCUCUGCACCCAUGAAAAUGACGCAGGGGUUAAAUGCUCAGGUCCUCUUUUCAUGCCCAUCCUGUCCCUAUUGUCCCCCUACAACGUGUUUUCUUCGGGAGAGGCCGUUCGCUUCAGCUGCAGUUUCCUGCCAGGUCACAAUGCCAAGGACUUUCACCUGUACAAGGGUGGCUGGUCCACGCCCUUGGUGACCAAGAGGGCAGAAAGGAGGCAGUCGCAAGUGGAGAUGACUCUGUCCGACAUCAAGACGUUCCACCAGGGCAGCUACAGCUGUCGCUACAGGGUCAGCGGAAGCUUACCUUCUCAGCUCCUCAGCUCUCCGCCGAGCAACUCGGUCAACAUCACUGUCGUGGAACUCCUGACCCCCCAGCACUGGUACAACACAUCCUCCGAGUCCCCGGCUGGUUCCGUCAUCAAGGGCCACAGUUUUAACAUCACUUGCUCCACGCCACAGCCCUACCCGGGAGGCUCUUUUCAGCUGCGACUCAUCCGCCCCAAUGGGACGGUGCGUCAUUCUCUGCCGGCCCUCAGCCCCUCCGUCACGUUCACCUUCGCCGGCGCCCAGAGCUCCAACGAGGGUUACUACUACUGUCUUUAUCGAGUCCAACUUGGGGGACGGACGUUUGUCUCCAGAGAAAGCCAGGCCCUGCCAAUAUCUAUAAGAGACCCAGAUCCUGCUCUGAGUCCAGUGGUGAUCAGCUGGCUUGUGUCUGGCCUAACAUUUGUUGUAGCCGUCACUGUCAUUGUCAUUGUGGCCAAAGUGCGGUGCAGCAAGGAGAGGAAACCAUCGGAACUGGAGCGGGAGGGAAGAUCCUGUGUGGAAAACACCUAUGUUGCCUUAUCGAUCAACAAACUAUGAUGGCGUAUGCAGCCAAGCACAAGACUUGGGAAUGGACCGUGGAUGGGGUGCUGCUGCUGCUGCUGUGUUGAUGGAAUCACAUAAUGUACACCUACAAAACCAGUCAGCUUGAUCCGCUACAACCACUUCUCCACAGUCUGGAUGGUACAAGGUUUCUACUGUGCUCUGAAUUAAAGAUUUCUAUCCAUUUCUUUAUUGCCACUACAUCUGUUAGCUAUCAUGACACUCGGGCCUUUAGCUUUAAAGUGAGUGUAUUAUGGAUAAUCGACUUGUUACUUGCAUACACAGUGUGACUUAUUUACUUAACAAACACUAAGCUUAAAUUAGCCUAAUUUGCCUAACAAAAGUCCGCUAGUUUAAAUGCUAUGAAUGCUAACGCAUGUACAAUACUCAUAGCAAAUUGCACACACGUAACUCCACAAACUGUAGCUGUAAACUUACAAAUGCAUACGCAAACAUAUAUUAGCUGAAUAUACAACUUAUAGCCUUGUGUGGGCCAAACCAGAGAGUGCAGCUAUCCCCUAUCCAUGUCAACGCUGCCACCAGAGGACAGUGUAUCCCCCAUCAUUAAACAAAAUACAAUUCAUCUGGAUAGUUAUUUUGGGGUACUUAAAGUGCCUGUGACAGCAUAAAAAAAUCUUAAAUAGCAUUAUUAUAUGAAUUAAAAUCAUAUCUUGAGACGAGUCGACUAUAUACAACAAUUUGGCAAAGCGCAGAUGACGAGAAAUUAGUCUUUUAAUCUGCCGUUUAGCCUCGCCUGUCUUAAUAGCACUCUAGGGUUCCCAGCUGGAUGAUGACGUCGGCAGGGUAACGAUUUCAUCUGAUUUAGAAUCCAGGCCAUUGAGGGGGAAGAUUCAGAACGAGGAAAAUACGACAGAGAGCAGCAUUAUAUCUUGAUUGUUUCAAUCUUUCCAAUAUUUUUACAGGAUUUUCUUUUUAAGUAUUAUUCCCCAAUUGCUAAAUAAAUGGUAUGGUCAUGACAAAUAAGUCUUGUGCUAAAUGGAAUAUGAAAUGGUAAAAAUUGAUUUAUUCUGUACGACAGGGCAAAAUUACUGCAUAAUGGUCAAAACUGCCGACUUCGUGACAGCUAGCAGACAUGCUAACCCGAACCGAGCGGUGUUUCCAAGUUUUUUUCUCGCCUUUCGAAAACAAAAAAAAACACACAAAACUACCCCGACUCAUGUCACACACGGUGGCGGGGUUGAUUGUCUUCAUCAAUCGGCCAGCCCCUGGUGUUCUGCCAAAUUUUGCACCCUUCUAAUAUUUUUCUCCCAAAGCUGUUGUGGCAAUGAAUUAGCCCUCUUUUACAUUCAGUUGGACUCUCAAUGUCACCCACAGGUGCUAAAUAUGCUAAAUAAACAAGUAACAUUGUACACAAAAAUGUUCAACACAAAUAUGGCGUAAAUUAAUGCUUAAAGACAAGGCGAAGACGUAAACAGUGAGAGAGCGACGUGCAGUGUUAUUGUAGUUGUAGUGUUUACUUUGUAACCGCUGUAUCCGCGGCCAUUUUCAACACAAAGUUGCAAUUUCUGAUGGGGUGCAAAACAAAAUUUAACAGAACACUGGCGGCGAGCAAGUUACGGCUCGUCGUUCUUCUGUGGCUCCAGCGGACAGGCAGAGAGGGUAAUGAACGCCUCAUUCUCAGUGGACAAACACCCCGAAGUCUGAGCGGGGGGCUGCUCGGGGCAAAGCCGAAGAAAGCGCUAUGUGGGCGGGCACGCAAAGAGGUUUAAGGGGUGUCUUCGACAAGCUGCUGGUCGUCGGCCGUGUGGCCUUCUCGGUGGACAGGGAGUAUUGUCACACACAAAAUGCAAGCCACCUUCUUAUUAAAAUGCGUUCCAUGAUCCUAGUAUUUGACAUGAUACAAAACACAUAGUAUACUCGUUUCCUCGUUGGUCCAAUGGUCCCACAGUUGUCUGACUUGUUUUGGUCAUUCUCCGCACGGUAAACGCGAACUUUUUGAAACCUAAAAAGGCUGGCAGGCUUCUCCCUGGUGCAGCAAUAAAAGCCUGCAGCACAUUUGGCUGGAGAGAUGCGAAAAAUAAACAAAAUAAUCAGCUGAAUCCGCAGUCGUUCUGCAUACUGUAGUAUUUGGCUGUAUUGCCCACUGACGUUAUAUUCGCAUUCUUCGUCAAUCCAGGAAGUCACUUAUUUUCAUGGCGCGGGAUUUUCAAAAAAUUUAAAAAAUAUAUCGAUCGCCUCCACACUUAUCCAAGCGGUCCAUUUCAUUCAGAAGCAUAAAAUACAGCGUGAAAUAUGAAAUAAACAUGCUUUUUGCUGUCAUAGGCACUUUAAAGGGUUCAUUUUUACGUCGCCCGCGUAGAACGGAAUUUGUUCAUAACCCGGGGACUACCUGUGUAUGAGUGUUUCAAUUACCAGUCAUAAUGAACGUGCUUUUAAAAAUGUAAACGGGCCUAAAAUAUCGGCUUACAUGGUCAGCUUUAGACAUCGGCUGAAUUUGUUUUUUAAACAAAUCUGUAUCGGCCUUUGAUUAAGGUACACUCUUACGUUAUACUGCAUAUCGUCAUAUGGUGCAAGAGGUCAUUGUUCGGGAUGGUCGCUGUUCCAAAACGCUAACAUCAGUAAAUAAAAUAAGCUAAAAUAAGUUGUAUGUUUUAACACUAAGCAGACGUGUGUUGAAAAAUUGGGCAAACAGGGUUUGGACUUUGGAAUAUUUUGCUUUUGAAGCCUCGGCAUGCUGGACAGUCGUGGCGGGUACCUGAUGAUACGAUACAAUUUUCACAAAAUGGCGAUACAACAAUUAUCGAUGCAGGAAAUCAUUCUCAGAUAUUCUACAAAACGGCAGAAAUGGAAAACUAGCUCUUUUCAUCCUUCUAUCAAUUGGAAUGAGUUUAGUAGACCUCCAAACCAUUUGAAGUGGGAGAGAUGGCAGCGAAUGAAAGUUCAUUUGGGGGCAUUUCAGGUCAUUUCCUGUUGCUUUUGGUUCAUGUUGAGAUUGUGACAUAUUAAAUGUGUCAUUGAUUAAAAUUGGAAUUAAGUAAAUGUGUCUUUAAUUCAUCAAAAUAUUAGUCCAUUUAAUGUUAAGAAAAAAAAAAUUACACCUCGAAGCCGCAAACAGUUGGCGAAGACGUCAACAAAGCACAUUGAUUACUGGAACCAUGUCCUAUGGUCUGAUGAGACGGGUGGGCUUUCUUGUGUACAGUCUUCAGAAGAAGCUUCUCCCUGGGGUGACAGCCAUGCCACACCAAUUUGAUAUAGAGUGCGGUGUGUGGUCAGAGCACGAACAGGCUGACCCCCCAGCCCCACCACUUUAAUCUCUGCAGCAAUGCUGACAGCACUUCUGUAACAAGUCACACAAUAUUUUGGAGGGAAAAUGACAAGCAGUACUCAAUUUGGACAUUUAGGGAUGUGCGUUUUUUCAUAGGAGUGUACUCACUUUUGUUGCCAAGGGUUUAGAUAUUAAUGGCUAUAUUUUGAGGGGAAAAUAAAUGAACUCUAUUAUAUAAGCUGCACACAGACUACUUUUUCAUUGUGUCAAAGUUUCAUUUUAUCAGUGCUGUCCCAUGAAAAGAUGUACUUAAAUAUCUGAAGAAUUGCGAGGGGUGUACUCACUUUUGUGACACUGUAUAUUUGCUGUAUUUUUCUGCCGCACAUUGCCGGUGUUUUGACAAAUUUUGCAUGCGCGUAACGUUAAAAAUGGCCGCGAAUGCAGCGAUUCCAAAGAAACACUACAAACUUUCUUCAAAAGAAAGGAAUAUUAACUUAUGUUUGGUCAUGGACGGACAUGUAGAAAAAAGUCCAAGUGAAUAUAAAAGAGGGCUUUUUAACCACCACAAAUGGUUUUGGAGCAA